GCUGCGAAGAGGCGAGCGCUCAGUCUCAGUAGUGCUCAGACUGCAUCCAGAGCAACGGUGAAUCUCUCGUGCUCGAGUGGCGCGCGGAUGCCGCGGCGUCAGACCUACCUUUCGCAACGCGCCUUUCGCGGCUUCUUCGCUCCUCCGACACUUGGCCCUUUCCAGCCGCGAGGAAUGAAAUUCAGCACAAAAAACUCCGGCGCGGCUAACGAGCAGUGCCUGCCGUGUUUGGCGAUAUGAGCCUGCCAGGUUUGGGGCAGCAAGGGGUGCUUUUCGUGCUUGUGGCUCUCGCGUCACUGGUGUCCGCCGCCGCCGCAGGGUCGAGCAUCUUCUCGUCAUCUUCAACGUCAUCCUCCAGCCCGAGCAGCUCGUCCGUGUCCAGUGGUCGCGUGCUGGUGUCCUUGCUGGGAUAUCCGAGCUCGUGCGUCUACAACGGAGGUUUGCACGCGUGCACCUUCAGCCUCGCGUGCUGGCUGGUUGGCGGCCAGUUCCAGCGGGGGUGCGGAGGCCCCGGCUGGCUGGUCACUUGCUGUGUCCCGGCGCGCAUUUCCGUCCGCACUGACGUGCCAGGCCCGCCCGUCUACAAUGAGGUCGCCCUCAGGAACAACCCUUACCGCAGAGAGCACGACGAGUCCAACGAACUCACGCCCAUUCGGAAAAUCGAAUGUGGCGUUCCGCAAAUCCAAGAGUUCCGCAAAAGAAUAAUCGGCGGCGACGAAGCCUAUUUUGGCGAGUUUCCGUGGCAGGCGCACAUAAGGAUAUCUGGCUACCAAUGCGGCGGCGUUUUAGUCAGCAGACAAUUCAUCGCCACGGCUGCUCACUGCAUUCACAGGGCCCGUUUAAAAGACAUUACAAUUUACCUGGGCGAAUAUGACACCCAGGACACUGGCAGGUAUGAGGAGCCUCUGCCGUCAGAGUUGCACAAGGUUGCACAGAAAAUUGUGCACCCCAAGUUCCAAUACAGGGUGGCCCAACCGGACAGGUACGACUUGGCUCUGCUGAGGUUGGCGCGACCUGUUUACUUUAAGGAAAACAUUCUGCCCAUCUGCCUGCCCAGAGAGGAAACUUCCUUCCAGGGGCAGACGGGGGUUGUUGCAGGGUGGGGGAAAACGGACACUUCCUAUGGGAAAACUGGUACAAAUAUUCUUCAAAAAGCGACCGUUCCAAUUCUUCGGGAUGAUGAAUGUCUGAUGUGGCACAAACAAAAAAACAUCAGACUGGAGCUUUUCUCAGAAAUGUUCUGCGCUGGACACAGAGAUGGACACAUGGACGCCUGCUUGGGAGAUUCUGGUGGACCUUUGAUUGUGAACUACAAUGGUCGAUGGACCUUGGCUGGCAUCACAUCUGCAGGGUUUGGCUGUGCAGUGGACCACCAGCCCGGAAUCUACCACAAAGUUGCUGUUACGUCCCGCUGGAUUGUAAAGACAAUUGCGAACUUCUCGAGACUUGCCGAAUAUCAGCGCGACUAGAAUUGCAUUUACUUAAUUUUUUCUGAUUCGAAAGAUUCUGAGAGAGAAAAAUACCAUGUCAGUGCCAUUGACUUUUAGAGAGAAGAACAAAAACUUGGACAAGUACCAUCGUUUCGACUUUACCACCCUUUGCCAUAGUUUAGUAUGAAAUAUUUGUUUUCCUUUUAUAUCAAACGCCAAUUUCUCCACUUAUUCGUGUAAUUUAAAAUUGACCGACAGAAUUAAUUAAGAAGUUGUGUAAACUAAAAAUUGACUCACGGAAAAUUCAUGCACAAAAUCAAAAAGAUCGAUGAUAUUAUUUUUAAGAAUAAUUUGUGUACAGUUUGAGAAAUUCAUUUAAUUAUUAGGAUAUGUGUAACGAAAAGUUCUGCAUCAAGACAAUAAUUUAUUUUUAACUUAGAUAAAAUCAUAGAUCUCAUGAUUCAGUAAAAAUCUUUGUAAUGUUAUUGCGGAAAGUACUAGAGAGACCAUUGAUUUUUAUGCAUUUCAUCGUAAAAUUUUAUUUAUAUUGUGGAACUACAUCACUAAUGUUGUUAAUAAAUUAGACAGAAAUCAUAAAUUUUCAACGCGCAGACUUUCAAUUAUUCCUGUAUUAGGUACACCCGCCAUGCAGCCGUGCUGCGCAGGUUGCAGAACUAGAAAGGCUGUAAAACCAAAUCUUCAACAAGACAUUAAUAUUAGAAAA